AUGCAGAUCUUUGUCAAGACGCUCACGGGCAAGACCAUCACUCUGGAUGUUGAGCCAUCAGAUACUAUAGAGAACGUGAAAGCAAAGAUUCAGGACAAGGAGGGUAUCCCUCCUGACCAGCAGCGUCUCAUUUUCGCCGGCAAGCAGCUGGAAGAUGGCAGGACACUGUCCGACUACAACAUUCAGAAAGAAUCUACCCUUCAUCUGGUACUCCGCCUGAGAGGUGGCAUGCAAAUCUUUGUGAAGACUCUGACUGGCAAGACCAUCACUCUGGAUGUUGAGCCAUCAGAUACCAUCGAAAACGUGAAAGCAAAGAUUCAGGACAAGGAAGAAAGAAUCUACCCUUCAUUUAGUUCUUCGCCUGAGAGGUGGCAUGCAAAUCUUCGUGAAGACUCUGACUGGCAAGACGAUCACCUUGGAUGUUGA